AUGGCAGUAUAUUUAGUAUAUCGUAAGCAUUCUUGUUCUAGUGUACUUGUGCUGAUAGGACUAAUACUCAUUCCUCUAUGUGCUUUAAUCAUUUUCAUCCAAUUGAAAGGUUGCACCGUUUCACAUCAAUCACCAAGUAGUAUAUCCUCAGAAUUUCUCGAUGGCGAUAAUCUCGAUUCUCUGUACAGUAAAUGUGUUGACGAAAAAAAUAAUUUGCUUCAACUGAUUCAUGAUUUCUUGGGAUCAUCUGGACCAAACAAGUUACUUCAAAAUUACAAGUCUACAAUAAAUAAUAAGGAAGAACUGGAAAAAAGUCUGGAAAAUUUACGGGACCAAUUGAAAAUACUGCAUAUUAAAAAAGAAAAGUUGGAAUGGUUGUUGGAUAAUGUGAACAAGACUUUCACACAACUAACAUAUUCAGAUAAUACUAACGUUAAAAAUGAAGAUACUAGUACUGGAGAGAAUACUGAAGUCAAGUCAGCUAGUAGUGAACAAAAAUCACAGACUGUAAGGGAAAAAAGUAUACAGGAACGCAUAAAUGAAUGGAGUAAAAUGCCGCCUGAUACUGCUAUUAAAAUAGAGACAGCAAUACAAAAAGUGAAAGAUUUCAUGGAGUCAAAUGAUAAAACCUAAGCCACUGAUUCACAAAUGUCAAACACAAGGAACAGUACAAAUAUUUUAUAAAAUGGACAAAAAAAUCGUUUGCAGUCACAUUAUAAAAUAUAAAAUACAAUAAUAUUGACGGCUGUACAAAAAAAAAUUCCAAGAAAAAGACUGAACAAGUCACACAUAAAAUUUCGAACAUCGAUAAAUAGUUACACUAAUAAUAGGGUUACAUUAUUCAUAGUCUUCACUGAUUUUUAAUGUGAUACGGUUUUAAGGAAAAUUUGUUAAAAAAUGUUUUUUGCUUAAAAAUAUGAUAAUAAUUUCAACAACACACCAUAAUCUAGGCUUUUAAAUAUUAUCUUACCCAUAACUAUAAAUAUAAUUAAGCUUUGUUUGUUAUUUUUGUACGUCUGGAAAUGGCAUUAACUGCUUCACGUAUUUGUGAAAAUUUAUAAAACAAUUUUGCGUUUUUUUUUUUUUUUUUUUUUUU